CUUUUUUUUUUCUUUUUAUUUAACGUAAUCCGUUCAAAUAAAAGAAAUACGUUAAUAAAUUAAAGGUUUAACCAUAAAUCGCAUAACAUAUCCGACCGCGCAAAGAGCGAUUUCAUGAAAUAGAUAAUGGACAUCGGAAAAUCUAUAUCACCAUGCUUCCCGCCACGAGCAGUUCAGCCGCAGCUCAAACUCAUGGCCGCCGUCGUAAGCUUCCUCUCGCUUCCCGCACGUGCCCCGCCACCCUCCUUCACUUUUGUCACACGCUGCACCGCCUCACCAUCCACAACAACCAGAUUUUCUCCGCAGACGGCGUCGGCGCCUCUACUGCUCACUCACGAGGAGCCUAAGACAAACCCUAUCAAAUCCUCUUCCUGUGAGCUUCAGUGGGGAUGGAGGUGUCGUGCCAAGCUUGCAGUUCGAGGCUCAUCUAUGAAACCUUUAAUUGGUCUUUAUGAAGAGGGCACUCAUAAUGUGGUUGAUAUUCCUGAAUGCAAAGCUCAUCAUCCGAGCAUCAAUGCAGCUGUUGACCUGCUCAAGCAAGGAAUGGACGAACUUAAUAUUGAGCCCUAUGAUGAAGACGGAGGAAUGGGUGAAUUAAGAUAUGUCCAGAUGGCUGUCACAACAUACAACACUUCUCUUCCUGCCUCAGAAAGAUAUAAAAAUGGUAAGGUGCAAGUUGCUUUGGUGUGGAAUGAUAGAAGUGAGAAUUCGACUAGUUUUGCAAAGUUAAAUGCCUUGGCCUAUUACAUGUGGAGAAAAGGGGGGCCAAGGAGGGAACUACAUUUGAUUCAUUCUGUUUGGGCUAACUUUCAGACAUCGACAAGCAAUGUUAUUUUUGGGAACAGAUGGAGACAUCUUUUAGGGGAGUCAGACUUCUGGGAGCAUGUUGGAGGAAUUGAUGUUUCAAUAGCCUCCUCAAGCUUCGGGCAAGCAAAUACACGGGCUUUUGAUUCUUUACUCCGUAAACUUCAAAAAUACGUCCCUUAUGGAGCGUCAGUUGUUGAUCUUUAUGCUGGUGCUGGGGUGAUUGGUUUGUCUUUAGCUGCCACAAGGAAGUGCAGGUCUGUGAAAUGUGUGGAGGUGAAUAAAGAAGCAAAGCAUUCUUUUGAAAAGACAGCUUCUCGAUUACAAAUUGAUGAGGAGAGUAGCAUCAGCUGGCAUCAAGCAGAUACCUCAAAAGAACCACACACUUGGCUACUGGGAUCCGAUGUCGUUGUGGUUGACCCUCCUAGGAAAGGGCUAGAUCCAUCUCUGCUUGGUGCUUUGCAGUCUGUGGCAUUCAUGAAGAGAAACAGCUCUGAGAAAAAGGUCAAAAUGGAAAAGAGACCAUGGGUUCUUCGAGAAAGAGAGACUUCUGUGCAAAGUAAUGGCCAGAUGGCUCAAGAUGAAGCUCCGUCACUGCCACAAACUCUUAUAUAUAUCAGCUGUGGAUGGGAUAGUUUCAAAAAGGAUUGCAAAUCUCUGCUCUCUAGUAGGGCAUGGGAACUGACCAAGGCGCAUGGUUUCAAUUUUUUUCCUGGAACACAGAGUAUUGAGGUCCUGGCUGUGUUCAAGAGAGGCUCUGGAGUAAAAGUAAAGAGAAAAAAAUCUGGGAAAAAGAAAAGACUGGCUUGAGGAGCACUUCUACAUCCAUAUAUGUGAUCCAGACAAAGAUUUGGAGAAAUUUUGUUAAAUGAGCUCUGAAUGACAAAACAUUUCAAUCUUGUGUCAUUAUAUAACUGCUAUUUUGAGCAACAUUGUAUAUAUAGAUAGAUUGAUCAAAGAGAUGUGAUGAAUUAUAAAUGAUGUACGAUUAACAUUUGUAUCGUGAUAAACAAUCUACACCCCUUUGUAUA